AUUUGAGUGCAUAUCAGUGCUAUGUAAAGCUUCUAUCGUUUAACUCAUAAUUGUUCCUGUGUGUUUCUUGGUUCUGUUUUAUCUGUUAUUUGUGUUAUGAAAUUUUGAAGUAUUUAAAGUCGGUUGUCAUGGCGAAAGUCCAGAUAGGUAAUGUUUUGGUGCUCGAUAAUCCCUCCUCUUUUUUGAAUCCGUUUCAAUUCGAACUAACAUUCGAAUGUAUCGAAGAAUUAAAAGAAGAUUUAGAAUGGAAAAUGAUUUAUGUUGGUUCUGCAGAGAGUGAAGAAUAUGAUCAAGUUUUAGAUACUAUUUAUGUUGGGCCUAUUCCGGAAGGAAGACACAAAUUUGUCUUUCAGGCAGAUCCUCCUGAUGUAACUAAAAUACCUAUUGAAGAUGCGCUUGGUGUUACUGUGGUUUUACUAACUUGUUGUUACCGUGGCCAGGAGUUCGUGCGAGUAGGAUAUUUUAUUAAUAAUGAAUAUUCCGAUCCGGAGCUAAGAGAGAAUCCUCCUGCGAUACCACAGUUUGACAAGGUUGUAAGGAACAUUUUAGGCUCUGAACCGAGGGUUACAAGGUUCAAAAUCAAUUGGGACGACUCAGAGUCACAAGAUCAACCUAGUCAAGAAUCGGAAGAACAACAGCAAACGACAGAAAAUGUAGGCUUUGCUGAAAAUAGCGGCAGUCAUAAUUUUAUGGAAGUAUCUUGAAAAUAUUGCACUGCUUGGUUGUGUUAAUAAAAUGUAAAGACACUUUUAUUGGGUUUUAUUUUUUUCGUUGGAGACAAAUGAUGAGUAUUUAAAUUAUGUGCCUUGAAGACAGACUUAAGUUAUUUUCAACUUUCAUUAUAAAAAAAAAUUAAUAAAAUAAAAAUAUAAUUAGUGAUUCUUUGAAUUAUAAAUUCCAUUAUUAUUAGCAUAACAGGUAAAUUUUGUGAAAAUGUUACGCUGUAUAAUCUUGGGUGGAAUGUUGUUCUUUUUUUUUUUAAGUUUUAAAAAAUUG